CCCGUGCCAGCGAUGUGGCAGAGGCGGCACUAUUUUGUGAAGUUAUCAGGGCUCUUGUUGGCAUCAUCGUUUGCUUGGUACUUGGGAUACUUAUUUGCUGCUCAUUUAUCACAAGAGACACUGUCGACAUCUAUAGCUUAUCUUCAAGACAUUGGAAAGAAACCAGUGUUGAGGGCCCCACUCCCCAGAAGGCAGAAGUGUGAUCACUGGUCUCCCUGCUCACCAGGGAGCUAUGCCUAUCGGAUUCUUAGUGGCGGUGGCAAAGAAAAGCUGGCUAAAAUCUGUUUUGAGGAUGAGCUGCUUAUAAGUGAAGAAAAGGGUAAUGCUGGAAGAGGUAUAAACAUAGCCAUUGUCAAUUAUGAAACAGGAGCACUAACAUCAGCCAAUUUCUUUGACAUGUGGGAAGGAGACCACUCAGAAGAGAUGGUGGCUUUCAUUGAAAGUGCACCACAAGGGUCCCUGCUUUUCAUGGUUACUCAUGAUGAUGGAAGCGCCCGGUUGAAAAGUAAUGCCAAAAAGUUAGUAGAAGCUCUGGGAAGUAAAGAAAUACAAAAUAUGAAGUUCAGGUCAAGCUGGGCUUUUAUAGCUGCCAAAGGCUUCAAGCUUCCAGAUGAUAUCGAAAGAGAAAAGAUAAACCACUCUGACAGUAAGAAGAAUAGAUACGGUGGCUGGCCAGCUGAAAUACAGAUAGAGGGCUGUAUCCCAAGAAACCUGAUGUAAACAAAUCCAUACCUCCUUAGCAAAGAUUCUUCUAUAUUUUUAAACAUGUAACUCUGGUAGUUUGCGUCCAGAGCCCAAUAAGCACCUGAACAGCAUUUGUAAAAUAAGUCAUAUAUACAGUUUUUACUCUUGCUUUCAUUUGUGAGGUUUUUCUCUAAUCUGAAAACAAAUAGAUCUUUUGAUGCAAGUGGUAAGAAAAUGCUCUGGUUUGAAAUUACAGUACUUAGACAGUUGGUUGUAAAAUACCAGGGUUAUUGAAAGUGAUUGUACAUUGUCAUCAGUGACUUGUUAGUUACUUGUUUUUAACGUGUGUUUCCUUUUGGUUCCCCUUAUAAACUAACAUAAAACUUAGUCUAACCUAUAAUAUAAAAUAAAAUACA